UGAAUGGAAGCUAAUCGAGAUGCCCAUUUCUCUGUCCCAUCGUGUGACUUGAAUGCAAAUCUCUUGCAAACCUCUGCAGGAGGACAGGGAUGGGAGGGCGUCCUGACCUCGACUGCUGACAGCUUCUAAGCGUAACGAGACCCUUAGAGUAUGUUGGAUAAAGGACAUUGUCGUGGCAGUAACUAGAGAGAACAUGGAAACAAUGAAGGGUAUUAUUCAGAGGUACCAGCAUCAACGCAUCUCACUAGUCGAAGCUGGAGUGACACGCCACAGGUCAAUAUUCAGUGGACUAAGGGCACUGGCCAUGGGUCAGCCGGAUUCUCAGCUCUCUAAACCAGAAGUCGUGAUUAUCCAUGAUGCUGUGAGACCUUUUGUUGAGGAAGACGUCCUCCUUAGAGUUGUUACAGCUGCUAAGGAACACGGGGCAGCAGGAGCAAUUCGACCUCUUGUAUCUACUGUCAUCAGUCCAUCUGCUGAUGGUUGUUUAGACCAUUCGCUAGAACGUGCCAGACACAGAGCAAGUGAAAUGCCACAGGCUUUUCUAUUUGAUGUGAUCUAUGAAGCAUAUCAGCGGUGUAGUGACUAUGACCUUGAAUUUGGAACUGAGUGUUUGCAUUUGGCUCUAAAAUACUGUCACAUUAAAGCCAAACUUGUGGAAGGAUCACCUGAUCUCUGGAAGGUGACCUACAAACGAGAUCUGUAUGCUGCUGAAUCGAUUAUUAAGGAAAGAAUUUCACAGCAGAUUUGCAUAGUUAUGGACACAAAAGAAGAUGAAGAACAUGUAGGUCAUCACCUUAAAGAGAUGCUCAAAAAUGAAUUAAGUCAUGUAAAAGUCACAUCUGUGGCUCUGAGUCAUACGGGCAGAGAUCUUCAGCAAAUCCUCUUAGAGCAGUGCUACAAUUUUGUUUGUGUGAAUGUUAUGGCGUCUGAAUUUGAAGAAACCCAGAAACUGCUGGAUGUGCUUAAAGAGAAUAAUCUUUCCGUUUUGUAUCCUGUUGUUAUCAUUUCAGUGCAUUUUCUUGAUUAUAAAUUGAUACCUCUUGGUCAGAAAAUGGAAAACCUAAUGCAGAUUAGGGAAUUUGCAAAGGAAGUGAAAGAAAGAAAUAUUUUAUUAUGUGGCCUUCUCAUAUAUUAUUCACAGGAUGAGCAGAAGCUACAGGACAGUCUAAGGCAAGGUGCCACUAUUAUUGCCACAUUAAUCAAAGAAAGAAAUUCUGGACUCAUUGGUCAGCUACUGGUAGCAUGAAGAACACAGACAAUUACUUCCUGAGCUUUUAGAACCCGUCUUCUAAGUGUCUCUUUUGUGCUUUCUCUCUAUUGUAUAUGGUAGAAUGUUUAAGUUGUCUUUUAUGUCUCAUAAUUGUUAGGGUAUGAUGCUUAGGUUAUAAAAGUGUAUCAAUGUUUAUACCUGUGAAAAAAUAUUCUCUUUUGUGCAUGUCAAAUUAAAUUGCCUGAACCAGAAAGGAAUAGAUAAGUGGAAAACGACAGCCUUCACAUCAUCUCUUCACCAAGGCAUGAAAGACCGAAUAGAAAUAAUGAUGGGUGAGCUAAUCCUUCAAGGAAUGAGAAUUUAGAUAAUUUGAACUAUUAUCUCCAUGUUAAUUAGUAAAUCACACUAUAAUGAAACUAAUAUGUAAGAUUCAGAAUUAUUCUUAAUUCUGAAAUUUUCCUCUACCAUGAGAUAUUGACUUGUGUUCUAAUUUUUUUGUACCUUAAAAAAAAUAAAUAAAAAAUAAGGAAGUAGCAAGGAACUCUGGUUCAAAUAUCUUCACCGUUGUCUUCCCUUAUUCUUGAUCCCUAAAGAAGAUGUAAUGUCCUCCUACUUUUAUACUCUUUUAAAACUGGAUGUGUUCCUUGGUUUAUGAAAUAUAAUUUUGACUCAUUAAAAAGGUCUCUGAUUUUUUGGAAUAAAUUUAAAAGAAGGCUGGAAAGCUUCAUAAAAGUGAACUUACUUUGGCCAAUCCCAAGCUUUCCUAAAAGGCAAGGAGGCAUUUCACAUCCAAGAAUUUAAUUAUUCUUUUGAAGCUGCUGUCUUUUUACAUCAAGAUCUUAUUCUUUCAAAUUUCCACUAGUAUAUACAUUUUAAAUGUUGAUGAUUUUACCUUUUACAUAUUAUAGUUAUGUACAUUCAGCCAUUAGAGAUAUCUCUUAUUCCAUUUUUCCAUUUACUUUCUAAAAACACAUUAGAUCAGAUUAUUCCAGUGCUAAGGCUGCAAAGUUGCAUGAAACAUUUUAUAUGAAAUAUCUACCUUGUGGAAUUUCUUCUUAACAUACUGGUGAUUUUUUUUCUAUAUUUCUCAAGUAGGAGAGUUUAUAUUUUACAUUUAAGUAAUAGUGGGUAGAAAAUAAUAGACAUGGAGUAAUUAUUAUAAGUAAUUGUCCUGAAGGAAAUGUGCUGCUUCAUUGUAGUUCGGACCUAAAUUCCCGAGCUUGUUACUUUGUCUCUCUCUCUCUCUCUCUCUCUAGGGAUGUUAUGAAAUAAAUCAUUUCAUUCAAAUCUUGAGGGUGAUAAUAUAUGGGCAAUGUGUGGAUUUUGAUUGGAAUGUCUAUGUUGGUGGUUUAGUUAUGUUGUGAAAGGUUCUCACCUUGUGCCUGUUAAAGUCUUCAGGUAAAAAUAUUUUAAGAAUUUGAAA